GAAUGAGUGAUCGGCAACACUAUGAAUGUCCCGCCUACUUCCUGGAUCAUGCCCAGUUUUUGAAUGGAAUUCAAAAUUAUAUAAUCAAAUUCAUGAAAWCGCGGUCAUUGAAGAUGUAAAAUUAUAUUCGUGGAAUAAUUUACUUCUAUCUGAUGCCUUUCAUGAACGUUUUCAUUGUUUUCUUUUUUGUAAUUGAAUACCUUCAUAACGAAUAGAAUUAUAAAUAUAUCUUAAAAUAUAUAUUUCACAGUGACCUGCUGCAGACUGAGGCAGGUUGUUACUGUGAGUGGUUGGGGGGACCGGAGGGGUGUGUGAGUUGAGAGAYKACUACAGCUAUUGGCUGAGCAGCAUYCGCGGUCACGUCGUGACAUUGCAGAAUAACCUAUUCCAUUCCCUUCAAUGUUACAGUUUUCCUCUAAUGUAGACGUUGUCUGGAGAGCUGCUGGAGUAGAUGAACUGUUGGCCUCCCGAGUGGCGCAGCGGUCUAAGGCACAGCUUGCAAUAAUUAUUAUUUUGAGAAAAACUGAAUUUCGCUUCCAACGUCGUUACAAGUUACUACGAUAAUCCUUAAUUGUCUCGAUGGGGUAUAUGCAGGUAGAGGAGCACACCACCAACAUGUUACACCUGAAGAGGUCGCCUGGCAUCCGCUCCUGGUCGCUGCUCAUAGGUAUUGCGUCCAUUGGCCUGGCUGCUGCAUACUACAGCUCAGACAGUAUCCUGUGGAAGCUUUUCUACGUGACGGGCUGUCUGUUCGUGGCCAUGCAGAACAUGGAGGAGUGGGAGGAGGCAGUGUUUGAUAAAACCAAGAAAGUGAUAGAGCUGAAGACCUUCAGUCUGUAUGCCCUGAUUCCCACCAUGUGUAGGAGAGGCCAGGAGAAAGUGGUGAUGGACAUGAGGCACCUGCGUGACGUGUGUGUUCAGGAGGAGAAGGUGCGCUACCUAGGGAAGGGCUACCUGCUGGUGCUGCGACUGGCCACAGGUUUCUCCUACCCCCUCACACAGAGCGCCACCAUGGGGGGACGCAGUGAUGUGGAGGCAGUGGCUUCGUUGCUCAAGCGUUUCCUGGGUCUGGAGGAGCUCCAGUGUCGCUGGGAGCAGGAGGCAGUCAGGGAGGAAGAUGAACUGAACCCCAGCACUGACUCCGAAGAAGAGGGGGACUCAGUGCAGUAGAAGGAGAAGAUAUGAGGAGAAGCCACAGCAGACUUGAAAUGCACCCAAAUAUAUUUUACAGCAUUUCGUAGUAUCCCUGAUACUAUAAAUGGUCUUAAAUACACUCCAAUGGUAGAGUUUUCCACAGAAUAUUUAAACAAAAUCAUAGUUUGUUGUGUUGCCUGUUCUUCAAAAACAAUCAUUACUGUAUUAGACUCAACCCUAUAAUUACAGUGCCUUUCUAUUUAAAUGUAAUCAGUAUGUGUGAAAUACUCAUUCAAAACAGUCCCACAGUUUAGGCAACACAGUGUGUUUGAGACCUCCCAAGUGAUAAUCUUGGUCUAGUAGGAUUGUCUCUCCUCACUGCAACCAUCUAUCCAUCUGAAUGCAUGUGACUGUAAACUAUAAUCAAGCAUGGAUUUCCAGGGAUCAGUUAAGAAUGUUUGCCUGUUUUUAUGUUAAAGUAAAUACUUGCAUGUCUUUCAGCAUUGAUGGGUCCUAUGACCAGGGUCAGACAGAAUCUGGGGAGGCAAAACCUCUAGAAUGAACUUAAUCUAACAGCUUCGACAUCUGCAUUGCUUGCUGUUUGGGGUUUUAGGCUAGGUUUCUGUAUAGUACUUUGUGACUGAUGUAAAAAAGGGUGUAAUAAAUACAUUUGAUUUGA